AUGAGUCUCAUAAACCCUAAUUCUAAUGCGCCAGAGUCCUCUUCGGCUUCUUAUUCACACGACAUGGAAGCUUCAACUCCAUUCUCAAACAUACCUAAUGACAUCAUUCGACAUAUAUUUUUGCAGUUGCCGAUGAAGUUUGUCAUCCGGUGCCAGUGCGUAUGUAAACUGUGGCGUUCAUUGAUAGACGACUCAGAUUUCAAGCUCUUGUAUCGUGGACAACAACGAGUGAUCUUCCUCUCUCACGAAUAUUCCACACGCCAAGAUUCCGGAUUCGAGGUUAAAUCUACAAGCCAUGAUCUUCGUCUUCAAACGCAUAAAUUUCCGUUGGGAGAGGCCUAUCCAUACCAUUUUAGAGUUUUGUGUUCUUGCAACGGGUUUGCUGUUCUGGUGGUUAUGAGAGAGAUUUGGUUGUGGAACCCGACCACCACCAGGUGUUCGACGAAAGUGCUCGAGUCGCCAUAUCGGGCGAAGUUAAAUCCGAAUCUCUUUGGAGGGCUAUGCUACGACUCCUGCACUAGAGAUUAUAAGGUCGUCCUAUCACUUCGCCCCAUAAAACCUGGUCAUGAUUAUGGCUAUCCACUUCUCAUCUCUGCUAGCCUCAACCACAAAGAGUGGCGACCGGUUCAGUUCCCUUGUAACUUGGUUUCUGCCCGGGGCGGCAUUGAGUUUCGCAAUACAUUCCAUUGGUGGGCAAGUGAUAUCAAAGAUUGGGAUAGGGAUAGAGAUUACUUGUGGGCAGCUGGUAGGAAUAGGAUCGUAUACUUUGAUCCUGUGCAUGAUGAAUUCAGAAUCUUGCCCACCCCCGAACUGGGGCGCGGAAGAGAAAACUCGAUAGUCGGGUUGGGGGUUAUAGAUGAGUGUUUAUGCAUGGCGUCAUUCAUGGUUCGGGAAGGGGAUGAACCCAACAUGAAAACGAUACAAGUAUUGAUUAUGAAGGAAUAUGGCAAACAAGAAUCAUGGAUGAAUGUUUUUGCUAUCAGAAUGCCUCAUUACCUUGAAAACAUUUAUGAGAGUUAUGAUUUAACAUUCUAUUCUCAAAAAAAGAAUGCACAAGAAGUAUUAUUCCUGCAUACUGCAGGUUUGACCACCAGUGGGGGCAUUGGCACAAAUGGAGAGGUCAUAGGUUUGAUUACCAGUGGGGGCAUUGGCACAAAUGUAUUAAUAACAGGACAGGUAAAGCGGCAUACAGGACAGGUAAAGCGGCAUAACUGUGGUACUCCCAAGUGA